AUGUUGUGCGACUGCGUCGGUCCCGUAUGCGCCAACUGUCGCCGUCGCCAAGAACACUGCAGCUAUCUUGGCUUGCUCGCAGACGCCCUGAACCGCGAAAAUGGAGAAAAGGCCAGCGAUACAUUGAGCAUGGUCCGCCGUGCAGCCACAGUUGCGGCACAUGCGUCUUCUCGGGAUGCCCUCAGCGCUUCAUUACCUGCCGAGAAGCUUCGCGCCGACGAAGCCGAGCUCAAGCACCACUUCCUGAACGAGGCCUGGUUCACCUUCUCAUUACAGAGCGAUCCUCGGAAGUGUGACGUGUGGUCGAGAUGGGUACCCCAGCUGGCGUCACGUAACGUCUUUAUCCACCAGAGCAUGCUCUCCAUUGCGGCUCUGCACCUAUGCUACCUCGAACCGCCAAACGCGAAGCGAUACUACUCGAUGGCAUGUCAGCACGCCAUACAAGCAAGCAACUAUUUCCGGCUCGCCGUUCCUCAGGUCACAGAGGAGAACUGGCUGGCCACCUUUGUGUUUUCUAUGUGCAACGGUAUCUUUGGUUACUACCGACCGUUCGCCGACGAGAAGGUGAUGGGACAAGUUAGCACGUUUGAGCCUUGCAAAGCUCUCACGGUCAUGCGGGUAGCGGCCAGAUUCUCCGACACGGUUACGCCACACGUCUUUAAGAGCCCUAUCCGCGACAAGCUCGCUCAAGUCGAUCUAAAAGAAUGGCGCGACAGCAGCGAUGUACUAUUACGACCAGUCAUGCAGAAGAUUGUCAAGCUCGUCGAGUUUCUAUGCCUAGGUCCCGAAUCGACAGGGAUACAAGUUGAAGACAUCAAGAUAUACCUUGGCGCCCUUGGUGCCCUGAAAUCCUGGAUCACAUCGCUCCCCGGGCGGCCGCGGAUAUGGAAGCACUUCAUCAUUUGGCCAUCGCUGGUAUCAGAGCAGUAUCUCUCGCUCCUGAGGCUGAAGGAGCCCGUCUCGCUCAUGAUCUUCGUCCUCUGGAUCGAGGUCAUGUUCCUCGCGCCGCGGCGAUGGUACCUUAUGCCCUGGUACGAUCGUGGGCACGCCAGCGCCAUGGCGGAGCUCGGGAAGCUGGUUGAUACACCCGCCCGCCGGUUCUGGGAUGUGCUGCAGGCGGAGGACAGCCAGUCCGAUACCACAGUGGAGGAUUCCGAAGGCAGUGUGGAUUGGGCGAGUAGUCCAUCCAUUGCUAGGAGCGACGAUGGUGGGGGAUGGAGAAGAGGUGGAAAGGUUUUGCUGUCGAAUGGGGAGGAGUACGCUGGACAGGACAAGGGGUGUGCUGGCGGCAGCGCUUAUUUGAAUGCUCCGGCACUUGCGCAGAAGGCAAGCUGA